AUGACAGCAGCAGUUACAGAGUUGCUAGGACAGUUUAAGGGUCGUUUUACUGUUUACCCUAAGUUAGCACAGUUUGACGAUGGUAAGGAGUUCUAUAAUGUUGGUGUUAAGUCAUUGUUGGAGAAGGUCGGUGUUAGAUACUUUUCCACCUACUCAGAGAAGAAAGCAGCCGUUGUGGAAAGAUUUAACGGAACCCUGAAAACCUCAAUGUGGAAGUACUUUUACAGUAAGGGGACCUAUAACUGGGUUGAUGUUCUGCAGAGUCUAACUGAUAGUUAUAAUAACACGAAACACAGAUCUAUACUGAUGAAGCCAAGCAAUGUCAGCGAGGAUAAUCAGGGUGAAGUCUGGAUGACACUCUUCGGUCACAACUAUGGGGACUUACCAUUACCAAAGUUUAAAGUUGGUGACACUGUUAGAAUAUCCAGGUAUAAGUCGAUCUUCACAAAGGGAUACGAAGCAAACUUUACAGAAGAACUAUUCAAAGCGACUAGAGUCUUGCGUGGGCACCCAAACGUUUACGAGGUAGAAGACUUGGAAGGUGAACCAAUAAGUGGUAAGUUCUAUGAGGAAGAGUUAUCAGCUGUCGAAAAGAAUAAUGAUGUGUACAGGGUUGAGAAGGUACUGAAAAGGAAGAAAGUGAGGGGAAAGAAAAUGGUUCUCAUCAAGUGGCUGGGUUAUGACAGUAAACACAACAGUUGGAUUCCUGAGAGUGACCUUCAGAAUAUCAGGUAG